AUGUUCUCUUCAGGAGUUCGGUGUGCGCCGUCACCCGACGCGUAUAUAGGUAUCUUCCAUUUUCAGUUUUUGCGGCAUUACCCUGCUUCCUUUUCGGGCAUUGAUGAUUCCAUACGUACUACUGCGCCGUCUUUCCUUGGAGUUGGCAAGGAAAAGCGUGGUUUCGCCAUUGAACAGCGAGAUCUUGCAGAAAUUCUCGAUGAAGUGUCUUACAUAUAUGACCUGGCCCUCAUCUCCAUCUUCGCAGGCACCUGCCUCGCGAUCUUCGUGAUGACAUACCUCGCCGUCAUCCGCGCCAGACCCCGGAUCUCAUCUGCCGAUCUUUGGACAACGCAGUGGUUCGUCCUAUGCAGCGCCAUCCACCUCAUCCUCGAAGGCUCCUACGCGUACAGCUUCCGCACCAUGGGCAGCAGAACGGACCUCCUCGGCCAACUGUGGAAGGAAUACUCCCUCUCGGACAGCCGGUAUCUCUCCCCCGACGCCUUCGUGCUGUGCAUGGAGACCAUCACGGCGGUCUGCUGGGGUCCUCUUUCCCUGAUAACCGCCGUGUGCAUCGUAAGGGACCAUGUCCUGCGCCAUCCCUUGCAAAUAGUUGUCUCGCUGGGCCAGCUGUACGGCGACGUGCUAUACUAUGCGACGAGCUGGUUCGGGCAUGAGGUUUUCGGGGUGGCUUACUCGCGUCCCGAGCGGUAUUAUUUCUGGGGAUAUUUUGUGUUUUGUAAUGCGUUUUGGAUUGUGGUUCCAUUGGUCCUUUUGUAUAGGAGUUUCAAGGCCACAGCGGGUGCUUUCGCUGUUCAGCAGAGACCGUUGGUUGAGAAGAAUGGGGCGAAGAAGACGCUCUGA